GACAACCCCGAGAAGUUCCAGUACGUAGAGAAGAGCCUGUCCUGCGCACCCAGGUGCUCCCCUGGGGUGGAUGUCUACUGGUCCCGGGAGGACAAGGACUUUGCCUUCAUCUGGAUGGCCGUCUGGUCCACGCUCUGCUUCGUCUCCACUGCCUUCACUGUCCUCACCUUCCUGCUCGACCCUCACCGCUUCCAGUACCCAGAGAGGCCCAUCAUCUUCCUCUCCAUGUGCUACAACGUCUACUCCGUGGCCUUCAUCAUCCGCUCGGUGGCAGGGGCUGAGAACAUCGCCUGUGACCGGGAGAACGGUGAACUCUACAUCAUCCCGGAGGGCAGCUACUUCCACAUGGCCGCCUGGGGCAUCCCGGCCAUGAAAACCAUCGUCAUCCUCACCAUGCGGAAGGUGGCAGGGGACGAGCUCACAGGGCUGUGCUACGUGGGGAGCAUGGACGUCAGUGCCCUGACCGGCUUCGUCCUCAUCCCCCUCUCCUGCUACCUGGUCAUCGGCACCUCCUUCAUCCUCACGGGCUUUGUCGCCCUCUUCCACAUCCGGAAGAUCAUGAAGACGGGUGGCACCAACACGGAGAAGCUGGAGAAGCUGAUGGUGAAGAUCGGGGUCUUCUCUAUCCUCUACACUGUCCCGGCCACCUGUGUCAUCGUCUGCUACUUCUACGAGCGGCUGAACAUGGAUUACUGGAACCUCAGGGCCCUGGAGCGCGGCUGCCUGCACCUUCCUGGCCGACGCGCCGCCAACUGCUCCUUGGAGGCCUCGGUGCCCACCGUGGCCGUCUUUAUGCUAAAGAUUUUCAUGUCGCUGGUGGUGGGCAUCACCAGCGGGGUGUGGGUGUGGAGCUCCAAGACGCUGCAGACCUGGCAGAGCCUGUGCAACAGAAAGCUGGGCGUGAGGACGAGGGGCAAGCCCUGCAGCGCGGCGGGUGCCUGCCACUACAAAGCCCCCACGGUCAUGCUGCACAUGGCCAAGACGGACCCCUAUCUGGACAACCCGACGCGCGUCUAG